CAGUCAGCAGUGUAUCAUGAGGUUUACACGUGCUCGUGACCCUUCGUCGACUAAUGCUUUUAGAAAAAUGUACAAAUUGUACUGACACAAUAAAUAAAUAAAUAAAAAUGUAGGACAUAGUAACUUUUUUAAUUCUAGUCAGACAAAAAUUGACUGAAUUUGAUUUGAGGUGCAUCAACAAACGAAAAAAAAGAAAUUCCCAUGGUGGGCAGUGGUAUUGUUGACAUGGAGCACAAUUUACUCUCCAGAUUUAGUGCGAGUAAAAAUGCUUCAAAAUUGGUGAAAGGAUUAAAAUAUGGCGUGUGUCGAGUCAUGCUAGAAAAGUCUAUAGGACAUACCAGUAUUUCAUAUUGGAACAUUGCAUUGGUGGUACCAAACGCUGUAUGUUUAGUAUUCCUGGCCUAUAAUUUGGGUCUACUCUUCAGACUGCUUCCAAACCGAAAAUAUCCUGUUGUCAAGACUCUCUUUGUACUGGUAUGUCUUGUAUGUUGUGUAAAUAUCAUGAGAGGUUUCAUAGCCAGCAUUGUCCAACCAAAUGCUCAAUACAGAAAUACCAUAAAUGAGGGCUUAUGGCUUCUCCUACGUUUUCUGGCACUUGCUGUUGAGAUAAGUGUCAUUGGUUUUGCUUUAUUUGGAAACAAUGAAGGGGAUGGUGUUGGCAAACGAGUAUUAUCUUUGUCUUUUUUGUUUGCACUUGUUUAUACAACCAUUCAGUCAUUACUUGAGAUGUCCAAAUCAAAUCGUGACGAAAUAUUCAAAAAUAAAUACACAAUGUUUGAUCACGGUGGAAUGAUCUUCUGGUUUGUCACAUCCUGUAUGUUCGUUGUGGUUUAUAGUUCUCUAGUUAUACUUUCUCAAACAAAGUGUUGCUGUCCAAAAAAGUUAAGUUUUCUUUCUCGACCUUCAAACAGAGCAUUUUAUUACUAUGCAGCCAUAUUGUGUGUUGUCAAUCUUGCAGAGGCCAUUGGUAGCUCAAUGGUGUACAAUAGGGUCACAUUGGGACUUUGUAUCCUUAACGUUGCUGUUUUAAUAUUUUACUCCUUCUUUGCUCCAUUUACAUAUUUCGUCUUUUUACAAAACAGUUUCAGUUUAUUAAAGUUUCCUGAACCAAAUAUAAAUUCAAGAUCUGCAAGUUACUCUAUUAUGCCUGAAGACCCUUCAAGUAGUUUUGAAGGGAGUGCAGAUUUUGGCAAAUUUAUUUGUUGAUAAUAAAAUUUCAAAUUUUUACAAUCCACAUAUUUGACAUAGGCUUUUGGAGAUAGACGAAUGGCACACCAUUCUUCUGAAGGCCUUCGCAAAACAACUUUUUAAUUUAGUUUUAUGUUUAAAUAUCAGUAGUGUGAGCAAUGAUGAAAACAUUGUAUAUAUUAAUUCUUCACUUUAUGAUAAAGUAUAAAAAGCUGUUACAAAUGAUAGGAAAAUAAUAAAACAUCUUCAGUCUUCAACAUUAA